ACAGCAUGGCCUGGCAGGGGCUGCUGCUGGCUGCUUGCCUCCUCGCGCUGCCCUCUGCCACAGCGGACUGCCUGUCUGGCUGCUCCUCGUGUGCUGUGAAGACCCAGCGUGGGCCCAAACCCGUCAACCCUCUGAUUUGCUCCCUGGAAUGCCAGGCCAGCCUGCUGCCAGCUGAGGAAUGGGAACGAUGCCAGGAGCUUCUGUCUUUUUUCAGCCCUUUCACCCUCGGGCUCAAUGACAAGGAAGACCUGGAGAGCAUGGCAGCUUUAGAAGAGCCCUAUAGUGAGCUGGCCAAGCGGGUGGGGCCCUUCCUGAAGGAGCUGGAGAAAAACAGAUUCCUCCUCAGCGCCCCAGCAGAGGAGAAUGCUCUGAGCAGGAGCUUGGCAGAGAAGCUCAGGGGUCUCUCUGGCAAGUUGGGGGAGGGAGUGGAGUCUGAGCUGAUGGGGGACGCCCCGCCAAAUGAUGGCUCCGUGGAGGCUGGAGCACUGGCUUCUGAUGAGGAGGACCCCAAGGAGCAGGUCAAACGCUACGGGGGCUUUUUGCGCAAAUACCCCAAGAGGAGCUCAGAGGUGGCUGGGGAGGGGGACGGGGAUAGGGUGGGCCGUGAGGACCUGUACAAACGCUACGGGGGCUUCUUGCGGCGCAUCCGUCCCAAGCUCAAGUGGGACAACCAGAAGCGCUAUGGGGGUUUUCUCCGGCGCCAGUUCAAGGUGGUCACCCGGGCUCAGGAAGACCCCAGUGCCUACUCUGGAGAGCUUUUUGAUGCAUAAACACCUCCCCAUCGUGGAGUUGAGUCAGGAACUUCCCCUUACACCCUUCCAGAUUGGAAUGCACUCAUUCAUCUUCCCCUGUGUCCCCCGCCCCGUGCUCAGCUCAGCAUUGUCUACAAAAU